CAUGGCUGCUCAGACAACAAUACCACCUUCUAUGACAGCAGCUCAAACUACAACUAUCGCUCCAACAACAAAAACUGUUCCGCCAACAACAGCAGUUCAUACCACAUUAGGUACUCCAGCUACAACAGAAGCUCCAACCACAAUGAAUCUUCCCACAACAACAGCUGAAGCUCAAAUGACUACAACUAAAACUGCCACCACCAUAGCUGCUCAAACAACAAUACCACCUACAACAAUGGGGGCUGAAUCUACAACUAUCGCUCCAACAACAAAAACUGUUCCACCUACAACAGCAGUUCAUACAACAUUAGGUACUCCAGCUACAACAGAAGCUCCAACCACAAUGAAUCUUCCCACAACAACAGCUGAAGCUCACAUGACUACAACUAAAACUGCCACCACCAUAGCUGCUCAAACAACAAUACCACCUACGAUUGCAGCUCAAACUACAACUAUUGCUCCAACAACAAAAACUGUUCCACCAACAACAGCAGUUCAUACCACAUUAGGUACUCCAGCUACAACAGAAGGUCCAACCACAACAACUCUUCCCACACCGACAGCUGAAGCUCAAACGACAACUAAACUACCCCACCACCAUAGCUGCUCAGACAACAAUACCAGCUUCUACGACAGCAGCUCUAACCACAACUAUCGCUCCAACAACAAAAACUGUUCCACCAACAACAGCAGUUCAUACCACAUUAGGUACUCCAGCUACAACAGAAGGCCCAACCACAAUGUUUUCCCAAACCAGAGAAAAGCCCCAAACCCAAGGGAAAGGGGGCUCACACUCAAAUGCAGCAAUACAAAAACCACUGCUCCAGCACAAGUGCAGCACCCCACCAACAACAGCCCAGACGACAAGGAACCUCCAACCCCAAACAAAGAGCUCACAAAAAAUGACGCAGCAAACCCCGACACGCCAAUUGCUCCAGGACAUUCCACAACUGCUCCAACUACAAGCACUACUCCAACCACAACAACUGCUCCUGCUACAAGUGCAGCUACAACCCCAACAAUUUCUAAAUCUACAACUGCAGCCUCAGUCAGAACAACUGGCCGAACUACAAGUGCAAGUCCAGCCCCAGUUGUUGCUCCAAUUACCAGUGCAGCCCCAUCAACAUUUGCCCCAACUACAAGUGCCACCCCAACUAGAACAAUUGCUCCAUCUACAAGUGAAGUAACAACCACAAUUGCUAAAACCACAAAUGCACCACUACCCACAUCAUUUUCCCCAACAACUAGUAAAGGACCCACCACAACAAUUGCUCCAGCUACAAGUGCAGCACCAAUGACAACAAAUGCCCCAACAACAAGUGAAGCUUCAACCACUACAGUUGCUCCAAUCGCAAGUGCAGCUGUAUCAACAUUUGCUCCAAUUAAAAGUGCCACUCCACCCUCAACAAUUGCUCCAUCUGCAAGUGAAGCUACAGCCACAAUAGCUAAAACCACAAGUGCAGCAGCAGCCACACCAAUGGCCCCUUCAACAAGAAAAGCACCCAUCCCAACAAGUGCUCCAAUUACAAGCAUGUGCAGCACCGCUGACAAUUUUCCCAACAACAAAUGCAGCUCCAGUCACAACGACUGCUUCAACUACAAGUGCAGCACCACUGACAACAAUUGCUCCAGCUACAAGUGCAGCACCAUUGACAAUAAUUGCCCCAACAACAAGUGCAACUCCUACAACAACAAAUGUAGCUCCAGCCACAACAGGAUCUCCACAUACAAGUGA